UUGUCUUUUGCGUCUGCAUCCUUUGUUGCAGCAGCCGGAAUUGGCUAGCAGGGCUGUUGCCAAAGUUUGCGAUUGAUCGUAUAUAAGAUGCCGUCUAGAAAAUCUUCGUCAGCGACCGACGCUAGCGCUGAGAUCUCGAAGGACCGAAAGCGCAGCUCGGUUGACGAUGAUGCUCCCGCCAAGUCGAAGCGAAAGAGAGAUCGUGACGAAGGUACAGACGAAGAGGACGAGUUAAUCACAAAGAAAUCAAAAAGCAAAAAUUCGAAACCCCCCCAUGAUGAUGACGACCACGACUCCUCGAAAAAGUCGAAAAAGGCGAAGAAAUCGAAGAGAGCCAAGACUCCAGACACUACAGAUACAGAAUCUACCUCGUCAGACUCGGACGAUACAAGUGACAUAGAAAUGAAAUAUGAGGACGCAUCUGAGCCGGCCGCAGUGGAAAAAGUUAAGCGAAAGAAAGAAAAAGUUAGGAAACCUCGAAUCGAAGAGUCCGACGACGAAGACCCGAAAGAUGCCAGACAUAAAGCCCUCUUGGAGCGCAAAGAGAAGUCGCUAAAGAUUUCUAUGGAGGCUGCCAAGCACUUGGUUGAAGAGCCCGUUGAGGAUGUUGAGAUGUAUGGCCUGGAGCCGCUCCCCCAGCCAGACGAAGUUAUUGAUACAACCUCGAAGCCCACAUACCAAACAUUGCCGUCAUGGCUUGCUGCACCGAUACGUGUUUCCCAAUCGAAACGCAUGCCGUUUACAAACCUAGGCAUUUUGCCCAAAGCAGCGAAAGUACUCGAGGAGAAGGGUUAUGCGGAUGCCUUUGCCGUUCAAACCGCCGCUAUUCCUCUACUUCUCCCAUCUGUCAAACACCACAAUGGCGAUCUCCUGAUUUCGGCCGCUACCGGUUCUGGUAAAACGCUAGCUUACGCCUUACCUAUCGUUCGGGAUAUCAGUCAAGGAGUUGUAACGCGGCUCCGAGCGCUCGUGGUUCUGCCUACACGAGAACUUGUCCGUCAAGCGCAAGAAGCGUUUGAGAAUUGUGCCAGGGCCUACGAAGGAGAGAAUCGCAAGAAAGUUCGAAUUGGCAUCUCUAUCGGCAGUCAGUCUUUGAAGAAUGAGCAAGAAGCUCUCGUUGAAAGCGAAUCACGAUACGAUCCAGAGCGAUACGAGAUAUUACUCAAGGAAAUUCGAACACAAAAAGGGUUACGGUCUGAAACUAGCGAGGCUGAGCUAGAUGAUAUCAAUGAAGACCCGAGAAUAGGGAAAUGGGACGGCGAGGUUGUGGAUUUCCACUCUAAGGUCGACGUUCUUAUUUGUACACCAGGUCGCCUAGUGGAACAUUUGGAACAGACGGCGGGCUUUGGACUUGACUAUGUCCGCUGGCUAGUGGUUGACGAAGCCGAUAAGCUUCUUGCACAGAGCUUCCAGGGCUGGCUCGAAACAGUCAUGGCGCGCUUCCGAACCAACAUUUUUGGAGCACGCGACUUUCCCGACGUCGCAUGCUCGGGUGUUCGCAAAAUCGUCCUCAGUGCCACGCUGACACGAGAUUUGAGUCUGUUGAAUCAGUUGGGUCUGAGACGCCCGCAGUUGAUUGUAUUGGAGAGCGAUCCUAGCGCUGAGGUUUCAGAGCAUUCGCUACCAGAUCUGCUGAAGGAGUUUGCCGUCCGUGUACACGAUGCUAACUUGAAGCCACUCUAUCUUCUGGAUCUCCUCCGCGGUGCAGAUAUGGCUGCCGAGGACAAAGCCCUUUCAUCAACUGGAGAGGAAGCUUCUACUUCCAAGACCGACGACUCUUCUGACUCCUCCGCCUCGUCUGAUUCAAGUGAUUCUUCAGACUCCGAUUCCUCAGACUCCAGCGAUUCCGACUCAUCUAGUGACUCAAGCUCAGACUCUGAUUCGUCCGAUUCAGACUCAGAUUCGGAUUCCGAAUCAACACCUACACCAGCUCCCAAAAAGUCCAAUAUUCCCAUUGCUCUCAUCUUUACGAAAUCCAACGAAUCCGCUCUCCGCCUUUCUAGACUCCUCGCCAUCCUCGAUCCAUCACUCACAGCACACAUUAACACCAUCACAUCCACAACACCUACUCACGUCCGCCGCAAGACCCUCCGCGCCUUUACAACACCUUCAUCUCCUAUCCGCCUUAUUAUUGCAUCUGAUUUGGUUGCUCGUGGUAUUGAUAUUCCCAAGCUCGGCCACGUUGUCAACUACGAUCUCCCCGCCAGUUUGGCCGGUUACGUCCAUCGUGUAGGACGUACUGCGCGUGCCGGCCGCGCUGGUUGCGCCUGGACCUUGGUAGAUGACCGUGAAAGUGGUUGGUUCUGGGGCAAGAUUGCCAAAGGCAGUGGUGUUCGCAGAGCUAAGCCUGUUGCCAGAGUACGCAUUGAGGAAAUGGAGGCGUCCAGGGUGGACAUGUAUGAACAAUCGUUGGAGAAGCUUGGAAAGGAAGCCGUUGAGAAGAGACGGAAGUAAUAUACCAACAGCAAAUAGCAUGAUAAUUACAACAAAUGACAA